AUGCAGCUGCGCUGGUUGGACAUGUGCGGGGGCGCAGGGGAGCGCGGGCUACACAACAAAGUGCUCGUCGACGAGCUGGACGCGAUCCUGAAGGAGAAGCCCGGCGAGCAGCCGCGGGCGAGCGAGGACACGACGAUUUGGCGUGUGCAGCGAGGGCGCGAGUCUGACAUUGUCCAUUCGCAGCAAUGCGACUGCCAAAUCCGGCCCGCCAUCCGCUGCGGACUCUACACUCAACUGCUCGUCUCUGUCGGCCUUCAUUACUGUUUCUUGUCGCACCGAGUAAUCACAGCUUACACGCGCACGGCCGCUGCGCACAACAUACCCCAAGCCAGCCUCGAGACGUCCAGAAUACACACCGAACUAAUGGCGAAUAUACGUGAUACCCUGUGGGACACCGGGCGCGACGAGACCGUCGAGGUGAAUCAGCGCGCUCUCAUCGACAAAGUCCUCGCGCGAUACUCGGGCGAGUUCACCGUCUUCCGCGAGCUUCUGCAGAACUCCGACGACGCGGGCUCGUCCGCCGUGGAGAUCCACUUCGAGACGAGGGCGUACGCGGAGAAGACCAAGGCGGCCGCGUCCUCGUCGUCUUCCCCAGCGGACGCGGAGCCUUCGGAGGGCGACGAGUCUACUCGGACGGACAAAGCAAGGGAGGACCUGCCGGAUUUGAAGACAGUCCAGGUCCACCAGUGGGUGUUCAAGAACAACGGGCAGGUGUUCAGGGAGGAAGACUGGAGUCGGCUGAAGAAGAUAGCGGAGGGAAACCCCGACGAGGAGAAGAUCGGCGCAUUCGGAGUCGGAUUCUACAGCUUAUUCUCGGUAACGGAGGACCCGUUCGUCACAUCCGGAGGUAUGUACGCCUUCAUUUCUCAUUACCCUACUCUACCCUAA